AUGCCUUCCAGCGAGGAUACAUUGACCAAGGUGUCGACCGAAGCGGCGACCCAAUUUGUCUCAUCUUUCUACCCAGCAAUCAAUUCGAACCGUGAAUCCAUCAGCUCCUACUACGCUCCAGCACCCUCACCAGUCCUGUUCAAUGGCAACCCUGUCGCGGACGGCGCCGCCGUGCAAGAAAUUUUCGUCCACCAAAUGCCCGCAGCUGCAUACGAUGUCCAAUCCUAUGACUGCCAAAUCAUCAAUCCCGCAUACCCCACAAUCACACCAACCGGUCCAAAGCCCCAGUCCGAAAUGGGUGUCAAGGACAUGUCGAUCCUCAUUCUCGUCAGUGGCUAUGUGCGCUAUGGAGAGGAUCCCGAUGCACCCCAGCGCGGAUUCAGCGAGACCUUUGUCUUGGUGCCGAACCCAUCAUCUGACAAGGCCCGGGGUCGCAAAGAGUGGCUCAUUCAAAGCCAGAACUUCCGCCUGGUUGUAUGA